AUGAUCAGAUCUCUUCUUGUCGGCUUGUACCACUCGAAGGCGCGGGAUUGUAAGACUAGGGCUUUUGAGGGAUUUGGAAUUUUGGAGGGUUUUGUGGAGUGCGGGUCCAUGGACGGAAAUGGAGGUUCGUGCGAAAUGGGAACUGUUGGGAUCAUCGAUUUCGGUCCUCCGACGGAAUCGGUGGUGGAUCUGACUGGUAAGGUCCAUCAGCUGCCAUGUUGUAUCAAGUACGACGGUCCUUGUUCUGUUUCUGACUACUUCAAACCCAAACCCACUGGGAUUGAAGUUGAUGGUCUUAAAAUAGAGGAAGCUUACUUCAGAGGAAGGAAGCUGCAAGGCACUACUAUUCCACUCCCAGAGGGGUAUUCCGGUAAUUUACUUCUCGCCCAUUUUCUUUUCUUAAGUUGGUUUUCAUUGGUGUUUGUUUGA